AUGAAGCGUUUAACCGAGCGAGUGCACCACGAGGAGAUCGAGUCCGAGGAGGUGGUCUGGGUGAAGCGGGAGGACGCCCGCUCCGCCAGCAAGCUGCCCAUUGUCUUCUCGCGAAAGUAUGCGGUGCGCUUCGGUGGCCUUGAACGCCUACAUCCCUUCGAUGCGGCCAAGGGCAAGAACAUUCAGAAGCUCCUGUGCGAGGAACUGCAGCUUGAUGGCGGCAGCUUCUACGAGCCCCAAGAGCUGAGCAAGGAGCAGCUGCGUCGCAUCCACACGAGGGAUUACCUCAAGUCCCUGCAGUGGAGCAUGAAUGUGGCCUGCAUUGCAGAGGUGCCGGUAAUGGCCUUCGUUCCGAAUCGCUACAUUCAGCGUUCCUACUUGCGUCCCAUGCGCUUCCAGGCAGCCGGCUCCAUUUUGGCCGGCAAGCUGGCCUUGGAUUACGGAUGGGCCAUCAACCUGGGCGGCGGAUUUCAUCAUUGCUGCUCGUACAGGGGCGGCGGCUUCUGUCCGUAUGCGGACAUCUCGCUGCUCAUCCUGCGGCUGUUCGAGCAGGAACCCUACCGGGUGCGCCGGAUCAUGAUCGUGGACCUGGAUGCCCACCAGGGCAAUGGGCAUGAGCGUGACUUCAGCAACGUGGCAGCCGUCUACAUUCUGGACAUGUACAAUGCCUUCGUCUAUCCGCGUGACCAUGUGGCCAAGGAGAGUAUCCGCUGUGCCGUGGAGCUGAGAAACCACACCGAGGAUGCCUUCUACCUGAGGCAAUUGAAGCGCUGCCUAAUGCAGUCCCUGGCCGAGUUCCGUCCGGAUGUGGUCAUCUACAAUGCCGGCACCGAUGUGCUAAGGGGCGAUCCACUGGGCAACCUGGCCAUUUCCGCCGAGGGCGUGAUGGAGCGGGAUCGGUUGGUGUUCAGCACAUUCCGUGCUUUGGGCAUUCCGGUGGUCAUGCUGCUGAGUGGCGGCUACCUGAAAGCAUCCGCCGGGGUCAUCGCAAGUUCCAUUGUUAAUCUCCGGCAACAGGGAUUGCUAAAUUAAAGGAAUUAAAUUAUUUUAGACUUUACAUUACCAAAGGAGUACCAUACAAACUAUUGUCAAUUUUUUCCAAACGCAUUUCCUUAGCUUUUUAGAGUAAUACGAAGAUAAAACGUUCUUACUCUAGUACAAAUGUGCUGCUUUGGUAACAAGAA